AUGUUAAAACCACAUAAAGUGCUGCUGCAUGAGUUUGCUGAACUGAUAUUGAAUCAGAGAGUAGAGUAGAAACCCUCAAGUUUGAGACACUCGAAUGUGUUGAAUCUGUGGCAGAUCAAGGGGAUAUGGGUGAAUGAGAAUUCGGAUUUAAGAUUGCAGAUGAAUUUCUACAUUCAGAAAUGGAAUACUCGGAUUCUAGUUGAAGUUUGGGUCUUAGAAGUAAUCAUAACAAACGACGAUCAGGCAUUUAAGAAAACACAACGUCUAGCUCUUUUACAAUCUAGGAGUAUUCUAGGAAUAUUGGCCAAUCUCCCACUUUCUCAAGAAAUCCCCUCCUUCAACAAGCAUAUGAAGAUAGCAUACAAUAUUGAGAACUCUUCAAUUCCACAACAUUUUCAAACCAUCAAUUUUCCAGUGAUCCCUUGUCCCAGCAAAAAGGUCACUUAUUUGUACAUCCAAGUCCAUUACUAGAAGGAAAUCGUAUUCUCUCCACAACCAAAACUAGCCCAGAAACCAAUCACCUAAAGAGAAGAUGCUGAAAUGAACACUUUGCAUCAGAUUCAGAAGAGCUUCAGAAACAGAACCAAAGCUUCUUCUUAGAUUGCUGAGACUCUUGAAUACUUUAAUUUAAUAAAUUAAACACUUUGA